AUGAGCCAGAAAAUCGCACGAGGUCCCUUUCCAGGCAACCGCUUCAAUGCUGCCGCUUUCUACAAUCCCCAAAAAGGGCGGCCUGGAAAUAUGCGGUACACAGAGGGCUACUGUAUCUCCAAUAACCUUGAGGACUUUGAUGCAGGAUUCUUCGGCAUGAAUUCCUCCGAUACCCUGUGUCUCGAUCCCCAGCAACGUCAGCUACUUGAAUGCUGCUUUGAAUGCCUGGAGUCCGGAGGCGUCACACUCGAAGACGUUGCUGGUACCAUGACUGGUGUCUAUGUGGGCAAUUUUGCCAGUGACUAUGAGACCUUGGCGUUUAAGGAGCCCGAGAGAAUCGAGGGUAUGGCUGUCCUAGGCAUGGGCAGAACGACAGUGAGCAACCGCGUGAGCUACAUGUACAAUCUCCAUGGACCAAGCGUUACCAUGGACACAGCGUGCUCCUCAACGUUGUAUGCACUGCACUUUGCACUACAAGCGCUCCGAAACGGUGAAAUUCCUGCAGCGUUCGUCGGUGGCGUUAAUCUGAUUCUUACUCUCGAGUAUCACUUUGCUAUUGGACAGAUUGGUGCCCUUUCUCCAACUGCUCAGUGUCACGCAUUCGAUGCCUCGGCCGAUGGUUACUCCCGAGGAGAAGCCAUUAAUGUCAUGUAUUUGAAGCGCAUGUCAGAUGCGAUCCGAGACGGCGACCCUAUCCGCGGAGUCAUUCGCGGAUCAUCGCUAACCGCAAACGGUAAAAAUAACGGCAUUACGCUCCCCAGUGCUCUCGCUCAAGAGCUAUCUAUUCGGAAGGCAUAUGAGCAUUCAGGGCCACUGGACUAUAAUUCAGUUGGUUACGUCGAAUGCCACGGGACCGGUACCCCUGCAGGAGAUCCAAUCGAGACAACGGCUAUCGGCAAUGUGUUUGGUCGUCAUCGUGAAUGGCACGACCCGCUGUACAUUGGCUCCACCAAGCCACAGGUUGGCCACGGUGAGGCGUGUUCGGCAAUCACGAGCAUCAUGAAAGUGGUGUUAGCAAUGGAGAACGGAGUUAUCCCGGGUACAGUCGGCGUAAAAAAACUGAACCCAGCUUGUGAGUUUUCUGUUCUUCGCAUGACUUGGCUGGUCAGGUUGGUCUGA